UGGGAAUGGUAUAAAGGCGAACAGUGCAACCGGUAGGAGGUCAGUCGUGCGCUGGUUGGGCUAGUGAUCGAACCACUCUCUGGGACUUGAGAAGGGCAUCAUCUGUGGACUUCAGCUUGACUAGCAUCAGUGGAUUUCUCUUUGUCAACUCAUUCAGGAUGUGCAUUUACCGCAAGAUGUUUUCGGCUGUGGUGGCGGCCUUGAUCGUCGUCAUGUGGACGGACAGGCAGGUCUCUGCAGUCCCUUCCUUGCCUGAAUGUAAAACUAGCAGUGACUGUGGGCCCGACGCUUGUUGCUUAGUCGGAUUCGACCGCUACAGCUUCCCCCGAUGCGCCCCCAGGGGAAAUGUUGGGGACUGGUGCCGAAUCCAAAAUUCCCCAAGGGAGAUGACCCUGGGUUAUCCUAACGGCCUUGUGCUCGAACUCCAAGAGGCCUACCACGGAUUCUGCCCUUGCCGCUCCGGCCUUGCCUGCUCCAGAGCAACUCGCCAGUGUGCCAGGCCGGAGCUGUCCGGCGACGACAACUCACUCCAAAACGUCUCGGAGUAAUGCCCGGG